UAUUAAAGUCUAAGACGUCUGAAGUAUACAAAUUAUUGAGGAACUUUCCGCUGGAGUAAACAAAAAUCCUCGCUGAAGCUUGCUAAGCGGCAACAAUUGCUGCGUGACUGGGGUGAUCAAUGUCAUGCAAUCAUGCAAUCAUGAGAAAGACUGGGUAUGAGGCAUUUCAACAUGGCGAGAAGCAUCAACAGGAUUCGUCUUCAUGACAGAGAUGUUUUUCCUGCAGUAACCGAAGGUCCUGCCAAUGUAUUUUCAAGCACUCCGUUCCUUUUAGUAAAAGCCAGGUGGUUAGCAGAUGAUGUGGCACAGACCUGUCCCCUUUGUUCUCAGAAGUUUACACAGAUUCGUAGAAAACACCACUGUCGGCAAUGUGGAAACAUUCUUUGUAGCAAAUGCUGCAAUGAGAAGGUUCCUCUUCCACAACUUGGAUUCGAAGAACCAGAGAGAAUUUGUGACAAUUGUCUUGAAGUGACAUCCCUUGUGACGAAGUCAAGAUCACUGCAGAUGUCUUUCAAGUUAGAAGCUGCUAAGGGUUUGACAGAGUUGUGCAAGGAUCCUGCUGGACUAACAAAGGUUGUUGAAAUGGGUGGAGUCCAAACACUGAUAUUUCUUAGCCAAAGUGGAAAUGAUGAAGUGAAAGCAGCUGUUGCUACAGGACUUCAGAUCCUCUCCACUCAUCCUCCUUUACAUUCAGUGUUAGCUAAGUGUGGUGGAAUAAAGGCCUUGUGCAGCAUACUAUCAACUGUGAAUGAGAGUCAGGAACAGACACUUAUUGAUGGAAUCAGUGCACUGAUGAUAUUUUGUAAAUCACCUGAAUUAAAAGCACAAGCAUUAGCUGAUGGUGCAUUAGAUCCUGUUCUUACAAUGUGUGCAAUGAAAGAAGCCAUAGCACUUCUUGCUCUGAUGACAUUAAGUCACAUUGUUGAACAUCAUGGAAACUUGGCACCCCUUAUAGAGAGCAAUCGGAAUGCACUGCCUAGAAUUUUAGCAUUGACAAAGGCACAAGAUGAAAAGAUUCAAGAGAUAUCAUUAAGAAUUCUUGCACAGAUGUCUGUUGGAACAGACUGGCAGAGGCAUCGUAUUGUGCAGGUAACAUUAUUAAUAAAAUUUUCUGUUGGCAUAGAGAUUAUUAGUAUGCUGGACACAACUGUUCUGGAUCAACGUUUUACGACAAAAAAUUAAAACAAGCAGAGUGAUGCAAAUAAUUUUGUGAGUGUCUUAAACUUUAUUAAAUUCCACUCAUGGAAAUUUAUUUUCAUAUUGAUCACGCAAGGAAGACUUGAGUUACAGAGAAUCUAAAUUUGCGGAAUGAAUAACAAAAGUACGGAAAAUUGUGUGAUUUCUGAGGAAAAAAAUAGUCAUAGUUUACAUUGACAUGGUAGUGUUAGAUCGGUGUUGUUGUGCGAAGAACAUUGUUGCGUGUUUGUGGAAUUCUUUCAUGAAUUAGACGAGAUGUUAUGAAGAAGGAGCGAUAUCCAUCUAAGCAGCACUAUAAUCCUGAAAUACAUCAGCAAAGAUUCGAGUUGUGAUGCUACUACCACUGAAGGCCACAAGGCAAAGCAAAGAAAGUUAUUUCAAGCUGUUAAACAAGAAAUUGUGAGAAAAUGGCAAGCUCCUGGAAGGUGAGCUCCGAAAAAGGUCCGAAAACUUUCCUAAAAGCAAAAAUAGCACUGUUUGAGGUUCUUGGCUGAUCAUGCUU